AUGAAGAGUGUACAAUCUACUGGGUCUGCACUAGUUGCCCCAACUAUAUCAGUUGCUGCUAGUAAUAUUCCACAAAGUGAAACACAACGACCACAUACCUGUUCUCAGACCAGAGUUUUUGCCAUGAUCAACGAGGAAGCCGAUGACAGACACAACGUGAUUAUAGGUACUGUAUUCAUCUUUCAGCAUGAUGCAUAUGUUUUGAUAGACUCAAGUUCCGAGAGAUCUUUUGUUAGCAUGCAUACAUGUCAUGCCUAUAGAAUAGUUUCUCCUUUAGGCUGUGACAUGGUGAUCCAAAUGCCCCUGGGCGAAGAGAUUGCUAGAGAGGUAGUUUUCCGAGGAUGUCCUAUCAAGGUGAAGGGUAUAUACUUUGAGGCGGAUUUGAUUCCACUGGAGAUGCGAGAUUUUGAUGCCAUUCUCGGGAUGGACUGGUUGAAUAGGCAUAAAGCUGCCCUUGACUGCUUCAGGAAAGAAAUGACCCUGCAGAGCUCUCAUGGAUCUAGUAUUGUGCAUGAGGAUGAAAGGAAGGAUCUUUCUAGGUGUGUGAAAUCUUCUGUGAAAGCAAGGAAAUUAUUGCGUAAAAGAUGUGAAGCAUACCUGGCCGAUAUAAUGGAUACAAGAAUUGUUGGACCAAGCUUGAAGGAUGUCCCCAUUGUCCAGGAGUUGGAGGAUGUAUUUCCUGAGGACAUUCCUGGAUUGCCUCUAGAUCGAGAGUUUGAGUUUGCUAUUGACUUGCUACUGGGUACUGCUCCAAUCCCCAUUCAUCAAAUGGAAAUUUCUUUUAUUACACAAACUACAUUAUAA